AUGAAGCCUGCGGAAAAUGGCUCUAAACCCGCAACAAAAUAUGUUAGUGGUGGUAAGCAGAAGCAGUUAGUUACGGAUGUUACGGCCAGGAAGAUUGUGGCUAUAAAUCCUGACACUGCUGCCGAAAAAGGAAAUGGCAUCUGGAAAAUGAAGACGCGGAGCAAACGUACGGAGCAGCUAAUGGAAGAUGUGGCCGGUGCAAAGAUGAAGACUAUGUCCAAUGGUUCAGGCUGGAAGUGUCCAAUGGUUCAGGCCGGAAGAAUUGUUAUUUUGAAAUCAAUACAAACGGGACGCAAUGAGAUUUUGGUUUUGCGCGAAUGUUUAAGUGAGUCAUGUGCCCAACAGCUGAUGGAGACGCUGGAUUUGAAAUAUCAUCAAACGGCAAAGAAAUUAAGUUUAUAUCCCGAUUUCGAGGUGGGAGCGGAAGUGGCACUGCGCAAUGAUUUACUACCGCUUUUGGCAUCAAUGCGAAAAUUCGAUUGCCAUAAUUUUGCAGAUCCUCUGCUAAAGCGACAAUUUGAAAUAUUAUUACGCGAUCUAAAAUAUCCCGAAAUUUCAAUGAAAUUCCGAAGACACACUUACAUUUUGAGAACAGUGGGAAAACAAAAAUUCACCUGCGAUCGUAGCAGGCCCAACAAAUGUAAAUUAAUAUCCUAUAUACGACAUAUAAAACCGAUUAUUACCAAUAGCAAUGAUCCCGAUGAAAUAAUGUGGUAUUGGCGUGAGUGGCGUAAUCAUUUGCCGGAAGAAAUUAAAAAUGCCUUGAAUUUCUAUGUAGAUUAUUAUCGAAAUUUGUCAAUGGAAGCUUCGGCAAGGCCAUCAGCCAUUUGGUAUGAACGUUAUGAUAAUCCGAAUUUUCUCGAAAAUUUGGAAGAAUAUAUGAAAACAAUUGAACCGCUUUACAGAGAAUUACAUGGCCAUUUGAGAGAAGCUUUGAGGAUGAAAUAUGGACCUGAAAUAAUACCUACUUCAGGAUUGAUACCCCACCACUUUUUAGAACAGGCUCUCUAUCAGUCGUGGAAGAAGGAAUCGAUUUUAGAAAAUCCCUAUCCGCAUAAGAAAAUGCCCAACCUCUUACCGGAGCUCAGAGGGAAGAGAUGGAAACCAAUGGAUUUAAUCGAGAUGAGUGGUGGAUUUUUUGAAUCUAUGGGUUUUCCAGCAUUUUCGGAAGAACUAAAACGUGAUCACUUUUACGAAAUUGAAGAUCACAAGGGGGGACCGGAAUGCAAAUCGUAUAUUUAUACACAUGGUGAAAUCGAGCUGAAUUAUUGUCCGAAAGUUAAUUACAAAAAAUUACUCACAACUCAUGGCGAUAUUGCUCAUGUCGAAUAUGCACUUUUGAAAAAUAACCUAACUGUGGGAUUGAAUCGAGAAGCUUGUCCUGGUUUUAGUAAUGCAAUAGCUGAGGCGGUAAUACUUUCCGCAUCGACACCCAAACACUUGCAACAACAAUUGCACCUCUUGACCGAAUACAAUUACGACAAUGAAAUGAAUUUGAAUUUUUUGUUUCGAAUGGCCGUCCAUGCCCUGCUGUCCAUACCCAUGUAUUUUGUACAUGAGAAACUUUGGAUCGAUAUAAUUGAUGGGAAUAUUAAACCUGCGGAAUACAAUUGCCACUAUUGGAAUCUUAUGGCAAAGUAUAUGGGUGUGGGUCCAGCGGAGGAACCAACAGAUCCCAUGGCCUAUGAUAUGCCCCAUAGAUUCUAUGAGGGCUUGGUUGAGGAGACCCGUAGCACUAGAAAACUAUUUGGAGAAUUUUUGGGUUAUCAAAUUUAUCGUGACUUAUGCUUGGAAAUUGGAGAAUAUAAUCCUGGUGAUCCUGAAAAGUCUUUGUUCAAAUGUGAUUUUGCAGGUAACCACAAGGCUGGAGAUAUCCUCAGGAAAAUUAUGUCCGCUGGAGCUACAAAAACCUGGCAAGAAAUUGCCAAUGUCACAAAGUUGGAUGGCUCUGCUUUUUUGGAUUAUUAUGACCCACUUAAAACAUGGAUAACUGGUGAAAAUAUGGCAAACAACAUAACUGUGGGUUGGCAAUCACGUGAUCAUUGUGCCGAUUCGCAGAUAAAUCAGAAUGCCGUUUAA